GGAACCAUUAAAUUCUAGAUUUAUUGUAAGGUUUAAAAUUAAAUAUGGUGAGCUACCAAGUGCAAGUAUUUUUCAAAGAUAUAAGCGCUGAUCCUAAAUUCUUAAAACCUCCACAAAUAUAACUUUUCUUCUCUUCAUUUCUUUUCUAUUAUAAUUCCAUAUUCACUUUAUAAAAGUUUGAUCCAACCAUAUUCAAUAGCUCUACUCAACUCAAGCUUUACUUGUCAAUAAGACACUCGCUAAUAGUUGACUAUAAGACUAAUUGCUAUCACCAUUAAGUUCUUAUUUCUAUUAUUUUACUUAUCAAUUGAAAAUUAUAUUUAUUCACAAUGUUAAGAAAAAUAAGUCAAACUGAAUUAUCACCAUUGGGGUCAUCAUCAUCUCCACCUCCUCUUCCUCCUGCUUACGGUACUCCAGCCUUAACACCUUUUUAUCUUUCAGAUCGUCAUGCUCAAACCCCCUUUCCUCCCAUUACGGAUAAUUAUAGCGCUACUGGCUAUGUUACCAAAACUGAAAAAUUAGCCAAUUUUAAAAGGUUUGCUAAAGUAUGUUCAUCUAAAUGGGUAGAUAUGAUUUCAUCUACUGCUGCAAAUGAAGAAGGCAUUAUUCGUAAUACGUUAAAGAGUUCUGUUUAUGGUGGUGAUAAAACAAGUUUAUUUGGUUUUGAUCAUAGAAAGAUUCAACAAAUUGAAAAGAACUAUCAAGAAGAAAAGUUAAAAUUAAAGCCAUCGGUAAAUGAUUUCUCUAUUCACAAUGAUAUUGAUAAAAAUAAAGAUCAAAUUAGGAAGCAAAAUACAUUACGUGCUAAAAGUUCUUCAAAUAUUGGCAAUGAUAUUACAGUAUUCAAUUUUAAGAAGAAAAUGAAAUCUAAUGUUGGAUUAUCAAAUCGAAAAAGUUUAGAGAGUUUCAGGACCAAAAGAGUUAUUGUGAUAAGAAAUUUACCAUCUUAUACGAGUGCUAAUGCAAUUUUAUCUCAAAUUCGUGGAGGUCCAUUAGAAAGAAUAGUUUUUAGAACUGGGAAUCAAUCUACUUCUAAUUCCAAAUCAAAUACAACUACCAAUUCCAUUGAAUUAUAUUUUGUAUUUCCUGAUAAUGCUAGAAGGUUUUUCCAUUAUAGUAAUAAUACUGGAUUAUUUUUAAUCAAUGGUAUUAGACCAACUAUUGAAUGGGCUAAUAAAACUAAUACUGAAUAUUUAGAUGAAGUUCAUCCUAAUCUAUCCAAGAAUUUCCAACAAGAUAUUGUUCAUGGUGGUUGUCGACGUACAUUGAUAUUUGCCAAAGUUAUUGAAACUAAGAUACCAUGUAAAAAUGGCAAACCUGAUGCAUAUACUCAUUUUUCACAUGGAUUAGACAUAGAGAAUAUUAAACAUGAUUUCUCAUUAUUUGGAGAGAUCAUAGAUGUUUGUGCAGUUAUCUCUAGGAAAUUAUGUUUCAGUUUACAUUUCACUGAUAUUAGAAGUGCCAUUAAUGCUAAAAGAGAAUGUGAAUUAGAAGGUAGUGAUUUCAAUAGAAAAUAUCUGCAUUGGAUUAUUUGUUAUGGAAAAGAUAUAACUGAUCUUCCAUGUUUUGUUGUUUAAUACUCUUAAGUGGUAUUAUUCCUUCCUUCUCUAUAUAGUUAUCUGUGAAAGUAUUUGUCUUAAAUAUAUAUAUAUUGUUUAUGUGUACUCGCUAUUACUGCAAAAAAAAAAAGAGAGAUAUGUGAAACAAUUAUAAUUCCUAAUUGGGAAUGUUUGUAAACAAUGGAAACA